AUGUCCACACAAUCGACGCCUCGUUCGACGCGCUCAGCGCGUUCCCCCUCGUCCGCUGGGAAUUCCCCACGCAUUUUGACGCCCGGCCAGAAGAUCAAGGCCAUGAUGGCUCAGUUUGACAGUGACUCGGAAUCAGACUCCGAAAUGAAGAAGACGCGCACGUCAAUAUCGAAGCUGGACUUCGGCAACAAGAGCAUCUCUGCUGAGAGUCACAAUCUCAAUUACUUGGACGAUGAAUCGGACGAAGAGGAUCAAAUUGUCAGGCCCAAAGGGCGCAUGGCUGCUCGAAUGCAGGGUGAUAGUGAUGUCACGACAGACUCACAUAAGCCUCAACAGGGCUCCGCCUCAGCACGAUUGUCAGAAAUGAUUCGAAAAGAAGAUGAGCACAAGCAACACCCAGUAAACCGACCUUCCUCGCCCGUGGGCGAAUCAACCGAUGACGAAUUACCUUCAGCAAUCCCGCGGCGACGGAAGAACACGAGAAAAGCUCAAUCUCCCAUUUCUGAGCGGCACUCGUCCAAAUCUCCUGCAUAUUCACGGUCUGCGUCGCCAUUGUUCGUACCAUCCACUGCGUCUCACAAUGGGGAUGCCGCCGAAAACCCCGGGAGCGAUUCUUUCGAUAAUCCCAAAUCCAACGCAAGGUUCCUCGCUCUUGUUGCUCAAAAGCGUCAGGAGCGUGAAGAGCGUGAACGCAUCGAAGAGGAGCGACGGAAAGCCCGGCGCGCUCAGAUGGAAAAUUUCAGCUCUGAAAUUGUCUCCGGAGAAGAGACGGAAGGCGAAGAGGGGGAAUCAGGCCAGAAUUUGAGCCAAAAACCACGACAACCUCGAAAAGCGAGCAAAAAGGCACUGGAAGAGAUGCGACAGGAGACCCAACGAAUGACUCGAAACAUGCAGCUGGCUCAUCAGGCUCAGACAAAGAAGAAAAUCACGAAAGAGAGCCUGUUUGCAAAAUUCAACUUUAUGCAGCCUCAGCCUGCUUCUGCCGACGCUCCAGCAAACAACUCAUCUUCCACAGCAGGCUCACAGCAAUCCUCUGAUGGAGAAAGUCCAAAGAAGGAUGACAAAACGCCUGGCACGUCCCCUGUGUUAGGACCAUCGGACUCGGAGAAGCCUGUUUCAACGCUCAUCACUGAGAAUGCAGAUCAAGCAGGUGGUCAUAAUGCGGAGAAAACGGACAUUGCCGUCGUGGCCGCAGCAAAUGUUCCAACCGCUCGUAUUGUUGUGGAUCCACUGCAAAAUUCUGCCAUCACGAAGCAAGAGGUUCGCAAACCCACGCGGCCUGCGGUUCGUGUGAUUUUGUCUCGGCAAGAAGUUGCCAGACAGCAGAAGGACGACUCGGACAGUGAUGGUUUGGAGGUUGUAACUUCGCCAUCCAAGGCUCGCCGAGUUGCUGUCUUUGAGAAUCUGCCUGCCCGAAAGCUUGAAGAAUCUACGUCUAUGCUCAAGCUCAAAGCCCUCGCCCACUUGACUUCGCCGAGCCGCAAGCGCACUGGCAUGAACUCGGCUGAGCUGUCUGCCAAUUUGCUAUUCAAAGCACGCCAGCAAGCUGCUCGAGACCGCAAAGAACGUAUUGAAGAGCUCAGAGCGAAGGGAAUCGUCAUCGAAACUGCCGAAGAACGUGCUGCCAUGGAAGACGACAUUGAAAACAUGAUGGAAAAGGCACGACAAGAGGCCGAUGAGAUUGCACGUCAAGAAAAGGCCGAGAAGAAAAACGCCAACGGUCUGGAUUAUGGAAGCGAUGAUAAUGAUGAAGAUUUCUACGCUCCUUCAGGCUCAGACGAUGAUGAAGCAGAUGAUGGAAACGACGAAAUGGAUGAGGCGGAGGAUGAAGGCGAAGGAGUCUUGGACCUUGCGGAGCGCCCCGAAUUACUUGACGAUCAAGCUAGCGAAGAUGAGCAUUCAGGUGACGACGAAAUGUCCGAGGAUGCAAUGUCCGAUGCGGAGGGUCCAGUCGAGGCCUCAAAUAGCCGACGAGUGCGCCGAACCCGAGUGGUAGAUGAUGACGAGGAUGAUGAGCCUCAAGUACCCACCACUCCAAUGAAGCAUACACCUGCCAACCCACCAUCAGUGCCGCAGUCUUUGCAGCGACCAUUGUUCCCCGGUUUAGAGACACCCGGGGAUGUCUCAAUGGGCCUGACUCAAGCAUUCGCCGGCACUUUGGCCGACGAUCAAGAUGAUUCAAGUCAGCCAGCCUCUUCGAUCAUACCGUUCUCACUUCCCGAUCCCGGUCUCCCCGUUCCCCGAUUACGCCACGAGGACUCGGAAAUCCUUGUCCAUGAUAGUCAGGAACCGCCUGCCGAGUCUGACCCUGCGCCUGCCUACACCCAGAAUGUGAACAGGGUAUCAGAAUCCCCUGCCACGCAUCGGUUUUCGCAAUUCUCUCAGAUGCCGGACCCAACGCAGGAUCAAGGAUUUGUGUAUUCGCCCUUUGAUCCAUCCAAGCGCUUCCGUGAUACCCCGCCUGCUUCGACCGUCGACACUGUUCUUGUAGGCCAGAGUCAGUCGCCACAUGCUGAGCGGAAGAACAGACAACUCAGACGUGGUGGCAGAGCGACGAAUCUAUCAACGGUCGAGGAGAAUCAGGAUGACGGUGAUUUUGAGAUCAAUGCCGACGCGUUUAAUGUGAUGAAGAAGGCAGCCAAGAAGUCGACUGUUCCGUUCGACAAGAAGAACAGCAAAGCCAGAAAUAUCAUUGACGAAGCCGCCGAGGAAUCCGAAGACGAAUAUGCGGGUCUAGGAGGAGCAAGCGAUGAUAGCGAAGGGGAGGAAGAUGCAUAUGAUCAGCAAAUGAUCAAUGACCAGAGCGGAGAGACUGUUGAUGAAAAGCAACUUGCUGCGAUGAAUGCACUACAUCAACGGCAGCGCGAUGAGAAAGAAGUUGCGAAGUUGUACAAAGACAUCACCACGGGCGCUUUCCGUCGUCGACGUGGCGGGGAGGACGACUUGGAUCUGGACGACUCGGAUGACGAACGCCGGGCUCGCCAGCGUGAGAAGCAGCGCGAAUUUGCCAAGAUGCGUCGUGCGCUCCUCGCAGACGACAAGGUUGGCCAGCUGGCGGAAGAUCCUAAGAAGGCAGCCUUCUUCAAAGCCAUCGAGGACCGAGAGGAAGAAGAUGAUUUUGAAUUAGAUUUCCUUGAGGACAAAACAGGAGAUUCUCAAAAUGAAGCUGCGCAGAACCUUACGCAGGACCAGAAUGAGUCUGUCGAGGAUAGCAAAAAGCGCAAACGUCCUCUGGAACCAUCUGCUGAGGAUGCUUCAAAUCGACCACCUCCCCAUCUCCGCCGAACUCCUGCUAGUGCCAUGUCCAAGAAACCUGCCACUCUUGCAGAAAUCCGAGAAACGCUCUCGUUCUUGACCGAGACACCCGAAUACGACUCGUUCCAUGAAGAUGCUUUCAUUGACGAAGACGAGACGGUCGAAGAUGAGUCAGCCCCACCGGUCAACCAGGUUGAAGACGUGUCCGAGGAAGCAAGAUCGCAGUCCAAAGAUGGCUUCGCUGUGCCGAGUCACCCGCGCCGCACACGGGGCACGGUGGUGGAUCGUCUUGCUCUUCUUCGCCAGGCCUCAUCAAAUUCCGCCUCUACCACCAAUCCAGGACCGUCUGCAAGCAGCAAGUUAGCUUUCCAUGGUGGAGGCAACGCUGACUCUCCUGUUGGAUUCCGUCCGCCUCAGCUUUUACGCCGUAUGAACACUGGCUCUUCUACUUCAUCCACUUCAAGCACAGCCUCUUCAAACACCAAUCGAGUUUCUCAGCAUGCUCCCUCGGGCCCCAAGAAGGGUGGAGCAAUCAACUCGUACACUGCUGCCCGAGAGAAGGAGCGGGAGAAGCAGCUCCGCAUGAAGCAGCGCAGCGGCGGUGCAAAUAUUGCCAAGUUGCUGGGCAAGCAUGCUGGCAAUGGGCUGGGGGCUCUCGCUGGCAAGAAUCAGUGGGAGUAG